AUGUGUCAUUAUAGCUCAGAUAUUUUUGAGGAAUUUAUUUCUUUAUCAGUUCCAGUACCUCAAUGGUAUUCAAAUGAAGCACAUCCAAUCUCAUUAGAGAGUUGUAUUGAAUUAUUUCUUCACUAUGAAAAUAUAGAUGAUUGGUAUUGUGAAAAAUGCAACAAAAAAAGAAAGGCUAAAAUAUAUUCAACUAUCAGUGAUAUUCCUAAAGUUUUAAUCAUUCAAUUGGUUAGAAUAUACUCAAAGAAAUACCCAAUUCAACAAGUUUUGUUUCCUUUAAAUGAUUUAGUAGUUCAAACAUCCCCUAACCAUUUCGACUUUUAUGAUUUAUAUUCUUUUAUCACUCAUACAGGAUCAUUAUCAAAAGGUCAUUACAUAUCAUGGAAUAAAGUAUCAAACCAAUGGUACUGUUGCAACGAUGAAAAUGUCUCUCAAGGUAACCCUACCACAUCAUCUGAUACUGUGUACAUUCUUUUUUAUAAAAGGAAGGUAAAUUCAGCUGGUUAUAAUAAAUAA